GAUACCCACAGAGUUUCUGUGUCUUUGAGUCACUUCUACGGAAAUGAAAAGAGCAACUUCACGAUGGAAAUCUGACAAAAGUACAAAAGAGGUCUCUUAAUCAUGUGCAUCAAAGCAGUCAAGUAUAUGAUUGACACUCAAGAUAAUCUGCAGUAGAAGUACAAAACUGUUUGCCAAGAUGAACGCCUGCUGCAGUACAACAACACUAUGUUACAUUGUAUUCCAUCUUCUGUAUGCCGUUAAAGGAACAAUUGUGAUGAACAGCCUGGAAUGCUACACAGACUUCAAAUCAGAAGAAAGCUGCACUUGGACUGUAAGCAGGCGUUCCAUGAAGUUUGUAAAUAUGAGUCUGUGUUACCGUGAUGAUGAGAAGAAAUGCAAUAUCUGUCAAGACCCAGAAGUGAAAGAAGACUCCUCCCCUUUUAGUAUCACAUUGACAUGCAAACAAAACCUUUUUGCACAAUUAUUCACCUUUAACACAAAAUUAAUUCAUUCAUUUCUAAGUGAUCAGAAUCUGGACAUUCAACUCAAUUUGUCUGGCAAAGAUGCUUUACAAGAGGAGCAACAUAAACCUGAACUUUAUUCUACUGAUAAAACUCACUUUCUACACUUACCAGAUAUAAAAUACCUAUUCCAAACACAUCAAUCUGCAGAAAGCCUGCAGUGUGAAGUCCAGUACAGACGAGAGUUGGAGACAUGGGAGAACUCAUUAAUAGGAGAAUGCAAAGAUUCUUGGGCAUCCAUCAGUAAAGAUCAUGUUUCAGGAGACCGAUACUUUGCAAGAAUGAGAUUGAAAACGGGUAUCAGUCAAGAAAGCUGGGGUAACUGGAGCUCUGAAAUUCUACUUGAAUCCAAGAAACCAGGUGAUGAAGCUAAGCCACAAAACCUGCACUGUUUUCUUCAUCCUACAAACACCUUAAUAUGCUCUUGGGCAGUGAGGGUAGAAGUCUUGGACUCUGUCACUUUUAAAAUGGUUUAUCAGGAUGAUGAAUCUUCAAUACAAGAAGUAUGUCAUCCUAAAUGUGUGGAGAUGCCACACAGCUUGCCAUAUCUAUCAUGCAGUUGCAACAUUACAUCUGCAAGUCCAUUGUCUGUGGUUAGUGUUCAACCAAAGCAAGAAUUUAAGUCUUUUAACGCCUGUGCAAGAAUUUUAUUGCCACCUACAAAUAUGUCUGUUGAGGAAGUAAACAAUGGAAAAGCUUACAAUUUCAGAUGGAACAAGAAAAUACAGGGAGAUGACAAUCGUUUUAAACUUCACUUUCAACUAUGCUACUGGUCAGACCAUCAACAAUUAGACAAGAAUGGAGAAUCAAACUGCAGCACUAACUCAAAGUAUAUAGAGCCCAAUUAUCCUUCUGCAUUGGUGCUUAGUCUUGGUACAGAUCUCGAACCCCGAAGAACAUACUAUGCCAAGAUUCGGAUGAGGGUAAUGCAAAGCCAAGAAAAAGAGAAUGAGUGUUAUGUGGGGCCGUGGGGUGAGUGGAGCAGUGUCCAGACGUGGAAAACCAAAUCAGUUAUUCCGACAUGGUUGAUCCUGGCUAUUAUCAUUCCAUGUUGCGUCGUAUUAAUAAUCUGCGGUGCAUUUGGAAUUAGGCAUUUGGCACGGUUCAAGAAGAAGUGGGAAGAUCAGAUUCCAAAUCCAAACAAGAGCUUUAUCAUAGUGAAUUUCCAUCAGAAAAUGGAGAGAUCAGCUUACAUAUUCCCUAAACACCACCUUUAUGAAGAAAUGUUUAAUAGCUGCAAUGCUAUUCACGAUUCUUCACCAAUAGUUUUAAACAAUGCUGCUGACUGCAAGCAAGAUGAUGAGAAACCUGACACCACUCACGGUCAAUGUCAUGAAAAUAAAAUAUAUUGUCUUACACCUGAAAUACUUGAAAACACUAAAGAUGAGAUAAACCUUGUUGUAGAAGGAUCGGGAUACCAAGCAUUUUCAGACCUAGUAAAUGAUGCUAAUGAUACAGACCAGAGAAAUGCCAACAUUGCAUUAUAUUCUUUUGAUGGCCCAUACCUACUUUGCCCAUCUAAUCCUGAAGACAGUUCUUCAUCGGCACAACAUAUACAUUAAAUCUGUGGAUAGAACAAUCACUGUCUUUUUGAUUAUCGUUGACUUAAUAUCUGCAAUUUAAACUGUGUUAAUGACAAGGGUAAACCUUCAUCAAAUUGACUCUCCAGCAAAGCUCCUGUGUAUCAACUGGGUACCGAUGGUAGGUCAGCUUCUUCUUUGUUACCAGGAAAUCUGUAGCAUUUCAGACCCAGUUGCCAGAGCUUGACAGGGGUCUCUGAGGACCUCUUUCAUCAGACAAAGCUUCAGAUUUCUCCUUCUAGGCAGGUAUCAUCCCAUCUGCCUUUGCCUCUUUUCCUCUCCCAGGCAGAAAUCAACACCUCUACUUGCGCUGCCUCCAACUACUGCCUUUACACUUUGUCACUCAGGACUAGCCCCCAUUUGCAUUACAUUACAUGUAUGGUGACACACUCAAUCCAAUAUAUAUGACCAAAUCAUAUGGGGAAUCAUACAGGCACUGAUAAUAAUACUAUACAAUAUUUACAAAGUGGUGGGGAAGACAAAGAUUAACAACAAAUAGGGGUCCAGCUUGCAAAAUCCAUAAUAUGCAAAUCUACCUGAAUAUGCAAAUAAACUAACCUUGCCAUUUAUUUAGUGCACAUCAUUUUUGCAACCAAUAGGUAGUGCUGCAAAGGCUUGCAAGAUCUAUCACAACUAAUAGGAGGGGAAAGCACACAAAACAUUAAGCAAAUGAUGUUACAAUAAUACACAUCCUGCACCUUUUAAUAGGCACAAGGUGACUUGAACAUAAGAGUCAUCCAGGGACCUACAAGAAGUGUCAGUCUUAUGCUCCCAAUUCCUGGGUCGAGAACAUAAGACCCACAGAUGGUGGCUGACAUCAUAGACUCAAAGUGUCCAAGUUAACGUUACCCAUGGUUUUCUUUGCAGUUUUUGGAAUUUCUAUAAAAUGUAAGCAUAGCUUUAUUUACACACAAUUGUGAAGCUUGGCCCAGUGUUUAUGUGCCUAUUCUGCAAUCCAUUGUAGGCUAUCAUAUGUAUAUGGCAAUAUACUCUGGGGAAAGUGCAUAUGCAACUGCACUAAUAGUUGCUAAGCAUUAAAAGAAAUUCAUGGAAGUAACAUCUGAGUAGCACAAUGCAUAGAUUAUAAUAAUAAUGGACCUGCAAUGUUCUCAUUUUAUUUUCCUCUGACAUAGUAGAGUUUUUAUGAAACUGGACUUCUGUACGAACUGAUCCAAAGCUCAUAUAUUUUUGGUGAAAAACCUCAUCUGGACAUGCAAUGCAUUCUGGGUCAGAUAUACGAGUACAGGGCAAAAAUUGUCCUGUGUCUUACAGGGUUAUGCAGAGACAUUUUGAGGGAAUGUCGGGAUGAAGUUUAACUAUAUAUUUAUUUAUUUAUUUUGACCAAGGAGAUAUAGAAUCUGCAUUUGUAAAGUAACUAAUCACUGAGAACCCUCAGCUGAGAGAGUUAAUGAACCACCUUAUUUUAAAGGUUUAAAAUAGUUUAUACCAAAGUCCCUUGCCCACACAUCACAUGUUUUGUACCUAGUGACACUUUUUAGGUGGUAUUAUUUUUUUAUGUUUUGUUAUUUUGUUCUCAAUUGUUUAAUAGUAGACUCUUUGUAAUCUAUUUUUUACCCAUCUUCAGUUGCUGUGUUAUUGGAUAAUUUCUGUUCAUUAAUCUUAAAUUAUCUGGUAGGUGGAUAUUUUUACCAAAUAUGUUUUACAAAGUUGUUGUAAAUUUCCCUAAUGAAAGCAAUAAAGUGUUGACUCCCUAUAGUUUUUAAUGAAAG